UCACAAUCACCUGUUCAAAAAACUUAUGUGGAUUUGUGCUGUAGCAAUUUUUCUUCACCAAUUUAUUAGUAGCAACAUAAGAUAAUUCAUAUUUUGAUAAAAUUUCGAUCGAUACCUAUGUUUGGCUUAAACUAGUUCAGUUGACUGCAUCAGGUUUAAAUUUGCACCAUGAGUCAUGUUGAAAAGUACCAAAAGGCGAUAGUGUAGCACACAGCUGUAGCAUUUCUAACAUUAGCAGGCGAUACAAGUUACUUGACAACACUGAAGCAGUGAAGUGAAGGAGCUCACUCGGAGAGUUGCCCAGAAUACAUUGACGCAGCGUGCUUUUGUUUGGUGUGUUGGAUCUGGGUAGUUUGCGGUCUACAGUGAACAAACAGUAUGGGAGAAGUGGAGCCCAGCCUGGAUAAUGUGACAGUUGGGAGCAGGUUUUACAGUGAUGGGUACUUUGGUACUGUUAUGUAUAUUGGUGAAGUCCCACCAACCAAAGGUGUCUGGUUGGGUGUAGAUUGGGAUGAUGCAACCAGAGGGAAACAUGAUGGUUCCCAUGAAGGGAGGAGAUAUUUCACAGCCAGAUAUCCAACUUCUGGGUCUUUUCUCAGGCCUAAGAAAGCAGACUUUGGUAUAAGUAUGUAUGCGGCUCUGUCUGAGAGGUAUGGGAUGGUGGAGGAUGAACAUGCAGGGGUUAUCCUAGAGGAGAUGUAUGUGCAGGGGAAAGGAAAGCGAACGGUGGUGGAAGUGGUGGGAGCAAGGAAGGUCAAUAUUCAGCAGAGUCAAUUUGACCAACUGAAGUCCCUUCUUCUAAAGGAUAUGAAGAUCUCUGGUGCAGGACCUGAAUCAGCAUUAGAAAAUACUUGCCCAAAUGUUGAAGAAUUAGACAUAUCCCAAAAUUUGAUCCCAUCAUGGGAGGAAGUUGCAAAAAUAGCAGUUCAGUUAAAGAAACUUGAGAUAUUGAAUUUAAGUGAAAAUCAACUAAGAUUUCCAGACAAUCCACCUGGUUUGUGUUCAGCAUUUUUGUGCUUGAAAACCAUUAUAUUGAACAGGAUGCAGUUAUGUUGGAGACAGGUUCUGGACUUUUCCAAAAUGUGGCCAGAUAUCCAAGAAAUUUUGAUUUGCUAUAACAACAUCAGUACCAUCUCUGAGCUACCACCACCACAGCUACAUAACUUAACACUUAUAGAUUUAGAGGGAAACCAGUUGGAUGGCUGGGGCAGUGUGUUGCAGCUGGGAACAUUGAAAAGGUUAGAAACACUGCAUCUCAAUAAAACUGGACUGGUGAAUAUUUUUUUCAAUGAUGUUCAGCCUGGAGAAACCACUCACUAUUUUCCAGCACUGAAAUGUUUGUCUUUGAAUGAUAACAGGAUACAAGAGUGGUCUUCCUUCAAUGAGUUGAAUAAACUAUCAGUAUUGGAGGACAUUCUUAUCAAGAGAAAUCCAAUAACUGAGACUGGCACUAUAGAACAAGUUAGGGAAAACAUGGUUGCUAGAAUAAAGGGAUUAAAAAUGUGUAAUAGAACUGCAGUAGAGGAAGGUGAGAGGCGGGGUGCUGAGAUAGAUUAUCUUAAGAUUCAUGGUCAGGAGUGGCGCCAGGCGGGUGGACAUCAAGAUCCUGAAAAAAAUAAACCUCACCAGGAAUUCCUCUGUAAACACCCAAGAUACCAGGAAUUUGUUGCCAAAUAUGGUCCCCCAGAAGAUUCUGAAAUGCAAAAGCAAAAUAUGGGUGCAUUGAAACAUGACCUACUAUCUGUUGAAAUAAAAAAUCCAAACUUCCCAGAAAAACCAACUAUCAAGAAGAGGUUACCAAGAACAAUGAAAAUUCAAAAACUGAAGCCUCUUAUACAACGGUUGUAUAAGAUAGGGGAUUUAGACUUUAAAUUGGUAUACACAAGCCAAAAAGCACAAGGCACAGAAUAUGAUUUUGAUGAUGAUUUGAAAGAACUCUCUUAUUUCUCAAUAGAAGAUGGAGAUACAAUCCUUGUUAAAUCAUGAUGUGAAAUUAUUUCUAAUUAACUAAAUGAUGCUGCUGUGCAUUAUAUUAAUGUCCGGUUUUGGAAUAGUCAAGAUAAUCAUGAAGUCAACCAAAGAGCAAAAUAGUCUGAGGUCACAAUUAUUGAAUUGUGAACUGUUUUACAUAUAUUUCAGUGUAUGUAAUUUUCAAGGUCAAAGGCAUGCUCCUGAAGAGAAGUAUGCUAUGUUUUAUAGAGGAUUCCCUAAAAGAUGUUUGAUAUAAGAUUCCAAAGCUAUUAUUAUAUAAGAGUUUCUCCAUAAAAUCUGACUUUGUUUGGAAUUGAAAUUGUGAAAAGAUAAAAGCCAAACCUAGCCAUAUACAUUUCACAUAUUUAAACCUUAAAAUUUGGGCUUUAGACAUUACCUUGGUAGAACAAAUUGUUCAUGGGAUGAAGACAAAAAAAUUCCCUCUGAAACAACUUUACUUAGGCAACUUAACUUAAUUCACACUAUUGUUCACCACAGGCUUUUGUAAAAGAUAAUGGGAAUGUUUAACACAAAGAAAAAUCCUGUGAGCUGACUAAGACCAAAUAAAGGGUGUUCUUAUCUGUGAUUAAAAUGUAAGUAUUACUUAAGUGUAAAUUAAAGCAAAAGUUUCUUUUCCCUUUUAUUUAUGAUUUGUUAGUUUCUGUACAGCUGUUUUUAAAUUAAAUAAAUGCAUUGAACUUAU